UUGGCGGAGGCAGUUCUUCCGCGGGGCGGAAGAGGCGUGUCUGUAAGUGUGCCGACCAUUUCCAGUCCCCCUUUCUUGCAGGACCCUCAUGAGUAAGCUGUGGCGGCGCGGGAGCACCUCUGGGGCUAUGGAGGCCCCUGAGCCGGGGGAAGCCCUGGAGUUGAGCCUGGCGGGUGCCCACGGCCACGGAGUGCACAAGAAGAAGCACAAGAAGCACAAGAAGAAACACAAGAAGAAACACCAUCAGGAAGAGGAGGCCGGGCCCACGCAGCCGUCUCCUGCGAAGCCCCAGCUCAAACUUAAAAUCAAGCUGGGAGGGCAGGUCCUGGGCACCAAGAGUGUUCCUACCUUCACUGUGAUCCCAGAGGGGCCCCGCUCACCCUCUCCUCUUAUGGUUGUGGAUAAUGAAGAGGAACCUAUGGAAGGAGUCCCCCUUGAACAGUACCGUGCCUGGCUGGAUGAAGACAGUAAUCUGUCCCCCUCCCCACUUCGGGACCUGUCAGGGGGGAUAGGGGGUCAGGAGGAAGAGGAGGAACAGAGGUGGCUGGAUGCCCUGGAGAAGGGGGAGCUAGAUGACAAUGGAGAUCUCAAGAAGGAGAUAAAUGAGCGGCUGCUCACUGCUCGACAACGAGCCCUGCUCCAGAAGGCGAGGAGUCAACCUUCCCCGAUGCUGCCGCUGCCUGUAGCAGGUGGCUGUCCAGCCCCAGCUCUCACCGAGGAGAUGCUGCUGAAGCGCGAGGAGCGGGCGCGCAAGCGGCGGCUGCAGGCGGCGCGGCGGGCGGAGGAGCACAAGAACCAGACUAUCGAGCGCCUCACCAAGACUGCGGCGCCCAGCGGGCGGGGAGGCCGGGGGGCUACACGGGGCGAGCGGCGGGGAGGGCGGGCCGCGGCUCCGGCCCCCAUGGUGCGCUACAGCAGUGGAGCCCAGGGUUCCACCCUUUCUUUCCCACCCGGCGUCCCCGCCCCCGCGGCAUUGUCUCAGCGGCCAUCCCCAUCAGGCCCUCCUCCGCGCUGCUCUGUCCCCGGCUGCCCCCACCCGCGCCGUUACGCCUGUUCCCGCACCGGCCAGGCGCUCUGCAGUCUUCAGUGCUACCGCAUCAAUCUGCAGAUGCGGCUCGGGGGGCCCGAAGGCCCAGGAUCCCCCCUUUUGGCUACUUAAGGCCCUUACCUAACCUGGACUCUGCGCCCUCUCCCAAGCCCCGUUUUGAGUGUCUUCCCCACCCUAUUAAAUUUCAUCCGGUGCUUCA